AUGAGCGAGAAGCGGCAUCCUUUAGAGUCUUUCGUUGGUCGCAUGAUGAACCACCAGGCGGAACUAAUGACCUGGCGUGGGGAACUCCCGUCACAUCUCGCGCCCAAGCACGCGGCGACCAGUGGAGAUGAGCAAUCAUGGAGCAACAUGUCCUGGGUACAACGGCAAUGCUUUGAUAUUGAACUACGCUUCAACCAUGUGAUGCUGAUAUUACACCGGCCGUUUUUCGCCGAUCAAACCUUUUCGACGCCUUUCUAUUCCUCCCUGAUGGCCAGGAGUGUUUGUCUGGGUGCGGCGCGCGAAACGAUUCUCCUUUCCAGUAAGGUAAUGGUUGAUGGGCCUGCUGUUCAGCAUUGGUCCUGUUAUUACCACCGUGUCCUAGCGGCCACGUUGUUGACAGUAGAAUGUGGUCUAAAAAGCCCUAUGGAGGAAAUCAACAGCUUCAUAAACCUUUGCUCCAAGAGUGUGGAGACUUUCAAGAGCAUGCCGAAUGGGUGCCAGGGAAAAGGCAUUGCUUUGGUUGACCGUGCAUUGGUCCAAAUGCGAGAUCAAGCAUUGGGGUCCAAGAUAGACCUCGAGAGAUCGGCUGAUCUUGCAUGA